UCUCAUUAUCUUCAGUCGAAGCAAUGAUCAUAAUAUACGGAACGAAACAUACUAUGCUCUUGUAGAGAAACUUUUAGUAUACAGAACUGCUACAAAAUGGCUGGAAAGCUUGGCCCUUGCAUGCAGUGUGCAAAGUACCUCCUGUUUGUUUUCAACGCUAUAUUCUGGUUGCUUGGUCUUGGUGUACUUGCAGUAGGAAUAUGGGCUUUGGCCAAGUUUGACACAUACAUGAAGCUGUCAUCCUCCCAUGACUUCACAAUAGCUGCCUAUAUUCUCAUUGGCGUAGGCCUAUUCAUUGCUAUUGUUGGGUUCAUGGGAUGCUGUGGAGCCAUCAAAGAACAUACUUGUCUUCUCAAAACUUUUGCAACUAUCCUUGGCUUUCUCUUCCUGAUUGAGCUUGGUACAGCCAUUACUGGUUACGUCUUCAGAGAUGAGAUUAAAUCUGGAUUCAACCUAGGAUUAGAUGAGGCUGUGAAAAAAUAUUCCGAAAAAGGAAUCAAAGAAGUUUGGGACAACAUGCAAUCGAAUUUGCAUUGCUGUGGAAGCAAGAAUUAUACAGACUGGUUCAACAAAGACAAAUCUUCUGGUGUUARCUGGAAUGAAACUGUACCAGACUCUUGCUGCCGCACAAUUACAACAGGAUGUGGCAUGAAUGCCACAACGGAUCCACACUCGAUAUUCUAUGAUAAGCCAUGUUACGACGCAGCUGUUGCAUACUUUGAGGACAAAGUUCUCAUCAUUGGGAGUGUUGCUAUUUCAAUUGCUGUAUUCCAGCUGAUUGGGUUAACAUUUGCCUGUUGUCUGGCAAGUACACUACAGAAUGCCAAGGAGUAUGAACUAGUUUAGCUUGGAUGGGGUUCCUGAAAUGUGUAGGACAGCUUCACAGCAGCAUUCUAGAUAUGUCCAUAUGACAUGUAAUGUAUAUAACAUCGAGUUCUGCAGGGAAAAAUAUUGCAUCAUUCGGAGUGUAUAUGAUCGAUGUCUGUGUACAUAGCAUUGGAUUAAACACAAAGCUACUCUCCGAGCAUGACAGUGCAUUUCACAAUAUUUCUCAUUAGCCACAAGGAACUGUUCAUUGUAUUUCCAAAUUUGCUCUAGAACUAAGUCAGAAGUUUCCAGAACAAGAUGCAAAUAAAUUUUGGACCUUCUGAGCAAACUUUGGAACCUGUCUGUCAUCUGUCUUGCUCUAUAGAAGAUUCCAUUAGAUCGUUUGGAGUGUAGGUAUAAGCCAAAAAUGUACAUUUCUGUCUGUGAAAAAAAUGUAUACAAUUGCUUCAGGAAAAAUAUCUUACAGUGAUCAAGCAGUAUAUAAUGUAAUUUAUAGAUCUUCUCAGCCUAUACUACUUACCUUUUGAUUUUACGCAUAGAUUACAUUACCUUUUUUAAUUAAUAUAAUAAGACAAAUCUACACAAAUCAAGCCAUGUUUGCAUUGAUCUAUUUAUCCUUUGUAAAGUGGGGAAGAGUAAUCUUUUUACUAGUAAUAUUAUCUUCAUACCCUUGUUACAUUAUUUAAUACCAACCAGGUAAUGAUAAGUUUUCCACUCAUGGGAAACCAUUUUCUUACACAACCAUAUUAGAGCAGUUUUCGUAUGACUGUGAAAAGCUCAGUGCCUUAAGCGUGGUGUGCCGUGACCGUGAUACUUUCUAAAAUUUUCAUUGGCUGAUUUUUUCAUGCGCAACAUGCAUGAUUGGUCUAAAAGUGCUGUGAUCUUGGYGUGACUGUGUCCGCGCCGUGUUUAUGCCAUGUUCUGGGUAUUUGAUUGGAUGGAGAGUAAAUUCUCGUGCAAUGUGAUUUGUCUGGUGUAUUCCUUGCUGUGUCAYGACCAUGUUUGUGCUGUGRACUUUUCAUGGUUAUACGAAAACUGCACUAUCAUUGGAAAAAGUGACAGCUGAAUGAUCUGCAUUUCUUCUAUCAACGCUGGCUGGGCCAUUAUUUGUAGUUCAGUGCAUUUCAUUUGUUACCAAUUUUCCCCUUGUAGGGACAAUGGACCAGGGUCUUACUGUGCUAAAUCCGAUCUAGGGGCUAAGACUGUCAUUUACAUAUUUGGAUUCUAGACUGUUUGAAAGCUAAAGCCCUCACAACCUACAAGCACCAUGGCCCCGACAAAAGCUACCAGUUUUGGAUAUUUUAAUUUGAUGUAUAAAUUAGUAGAAUGAGAUAGGAUGUUUCAAAUAUAUUAAAUUUCAAAUUUGUUGUUAAUUUUAAUGGAUAAUUUGGUAAAAUUUAAUAUUUUAUUGAUUAUCUUAGUAUCUAAAAAUGUUAAAACUGAAAUGAAUUUAAUUACCACAGCAUCAGCUGCAUGAUUAGAAACAAAUAAAAUUAAUGAUUAUUUGUCUAAAUAUAUUAUUUUAAUUCACUUUCCAUUCCAUCAUUGACCUAAAAACUAGAUUGCUUGAUGCUUUUCAUCAAAAUUUUGCUUUUUUCCUUCUUUUAAAAUCAUGUCAAGAAAAUGUACCCUAAUCCAAUAAUUAAUACACUCCUUGCAUUUGUGAAUAGUAUUCUGAAUAGAGAUUGUAACUGUUGAAAUCAAAAGUAAAGUGAAAGAACAACAAUUA